AUGAAAUCACUGCUCGGUUUGCUUUUGAUUCCAUUCCUUCUUGCGGCCGAUCCGAAAUGUUCGCCUACUUACACAUACCAAGCUGAUUUGAAGAUUUGUUGGCGUUGGCUGAAAGCCUAUGCUCCAUGGAGUUGGGCAAAAGACGAUUGCAGUCAAGAGCUUUCCGGAAAUUUGCCUUCGAUUCACAGUGGAUACGAGAAUGCCCUCUAUGCACAAAUCUUUGCAAACAUAACUGGAGACACUCGAUGGUGGCUUGGAGCUCAAAAAGGUGCUGAUGGACAAUGGAAAUGGACUGACGGGACUCCAUUCGAUUUUCAACGAUUCGCGCAAACAAAUGACACUCAAAGUGAUUGUGCGUAUCUGGAUGCAAAAGAUCAACAAUGGAAGUUAGAAUUGUGUAAGCAACAGUCACAAUGGUUCUCUUUUGUCUGUGUCAAAUUGCCAAUUCCGUCCAUUUCACAGCCU